AUGCCCGCAAAGCCCAAAUUUGUGCCGCGCCAGCGGAAGCAGAAACACAGACAAACGGAUACUUCAAGCACUCCGGUCGACACAAAUGCCGCCGAGCUACUGCCCAUCUCCAAGAGCGAGAAGGAAGCGAAGAAGGAGAAACUCAGGGAAGAAUUGAGAGCGCAACACACAAAAAUUUCUGCGAGGAAGCAAAAGCGUUUAGAUAAAUAUAUUGAAAAUAAACUCAAGAAAGAAGAGAACAUCGAGCUCUUGAAAAAACUCUCAAGAUCGAAAGUCGAUACCUCUGCCCUCCAGCCCUCGAAGGAGUUAGGAAAACGGAAGAGAUGGGAUGAAGAUACCACGACUGCGGCCACUACACCAGCUCCCAGCACGACGCAAAAGCAGGCACCGGAUUCGGAAUUGUCAGGCGAUGAGACGGACGAUUCAGUGAUUAGGCCGAGAGCAAACUUGAAGGCAAGACCUGUAGAGAUCGCUAUCGCACCGCCAAUUACCGCUCCGGCUGUUGGAGGCGGUCUCAAGCGCCCUCUUGAGCUCGGCUCAGACGGCUUUCCGGUCCUGAAGAAGCGGAAACGUGCGCCAAAAGCAAAACCGGUCGUCGCUUCGUUGCCUGAGGUGCCGUGGGAAGGUUUCGAUUCAGAUGAAAAUAAAGGUGACGACAUUGAAGACGAAGACUCGGAUCGCUCGAUGGACGAUUCGGAAGAAGAGGGCGAACAAGAUGAUGAAAUAUCUUCUGGUAGUGACAAGAGUGGCGAAGAGGAUAGCGGAAGUGAUGAAGAGGAUAAUGAUGACGACGACGAUGCCGAAGAUGCCGAAGAUGAUGAAGAAGACGAAGAGGAUGAGGAUGAAGAUGAGAGCGCAGCAGAGUCGCAAAUUAAACCUCGCCAGUCUGCUUUCAAAGCCUGGGCAAAGCAGCAAAUCAACGAAAUUGUCGGCUUCAAACCUUCCGGACCCAUCACAAGCGAGCAACAGCCUGACAUCCCUGAAUCUAAGAGGCCUGUUAGAAAUACUGUUGCCGAGGAGGAGCCGCUCCCCCUAGAGCUUCAGGUCACGAAGGGCGAUCCUAACAGGAAAGCUUUUAGUGUGCAGGUUGAUCGUUCGGAGGAUAUCCAGAAUUCACGUCUUGGUUUGCCAGUGGUUGGUGAAGAGCAGAAGAUCAUGGAAGCCAUCUACAACAAUUCUUCUAUUGUCAUCUGGGGAGCUACUGGUAGCGGUAAAACCACGCAGCUUCCACAAUUCCUCUUUGAAGCCGGUUACGGUCACCCCGACAGCCCUAACCCAGGCAUGAUUGCGGUGACCCAGCCACGUCGAGUCGCCGCUGUCAGUAUGGCUAAGCGCGUCGGCGAUGAAUUGGGACAAUAUUCCGAUCGCGUGGCCUAUCAGAUUCGGUUCGAAAGCAAUGUCUCCAGCAAGACCGCCAUCAAGUUUAUGACAGAUGGUAUCCUGAUCCGAGAGAUUGCAGAAGACUUCUCUCUUAGCAAAUAUUCUAUUAUCGUGAUUGACGAGGCCCACGAACGAAGUGUCAACACAGAUAUCCUCAUUGGUAUGGUCAGCCGCAUCAUUGAUCUACGAAAAGCCAUGAGCGAAGAAGACCCGACUGUCAAGCCCCUGAAGCUUGUCGUCAUGUCUGCCACUCUACGGAUAUCUGAUUUCACCCAAAAUACAAACCUAUUCCGCCAAGGUCCACCACCCCUGGUUCAAGCAGAGGGUCGCCAAUACCCUGUAACCAUUCACUUUGCCAGACGGACACACCGCGACUAUGUUGAAGAGGCUUACAGAAAGAUCUGCAGAGGCCACCGCAAACUGCCUCCCGGAGGCAUGCUUGUGUUCCUUACUGGACAGAACGAGAUCAAACAUCUUUCUAAACGGUUGAAGCAGGCCUUCAAGCCCACACAGCGCGGGGAAGCAAUUCAGGCUAAAGUCCAACUCUCGGCAAAUGAAGCGCCACUCGAGGCAGAGGAUUUGGAUCUCGGCGGCACCGAUAUGUCCUAUCCUGGCGACGAGGAUGACUACGACGAUUUGGAGAUCACUGGUCUCGAUGAGGACCCUGAAGAAGACGAAGAGUUCAAUCUCGGUGAGGAAGCAAUGGACUCGUCCACUCGCGUCCAUGUCUUGCCCCUGUACUCUCAGCUUCCUACCAAGGAGCAGCUGAAGGUCUUUGAGCCGCCACCAGAGGGAUCUCGGCUGAUUGUUUUGGCGACUAACGUCGCGGAAACCAGUCUUACAAUCCCCGGUAUCAAGUAUGUGUUUGACUGUGGGCGAGCCAAGGAGAAGCAAUACGAUUUGGAAACCGGGGUGCAAAAAUUCCAGAUUGACUGGAUCAGCAAGGCGAGUGCAAACCAAAGAGCAGGAAGAGCAGGUCGUACUGGGCCUGGUCACUGUUACCGGCUCUACUCUUCUGCAAUCUAUGAGGGCGAAUUCUCCGAAUACACCGACCCGGAGAUCUUAAGGACGCCGAUCGAAGGUGUCGUACUUCAAAUGAAGAGCAUGGGUCUGCAUAACGUGAUCAAUUUCCCCUUCCCAACCCCUCCUAGUCGGCAGGGUCUGGCGAAGGCUGAGAAGUUACUGAAGAACCUCGGGGCGUUAUCGGCGAGUGGUAAAAUCACUCAAAUCGGUCAACGCCUGUCCACAUAUCCCCUGUCUCCUCGGUUUGGUAAGAUGAUCCAUAUUGGUCAUCAGCAUGGCUGCAUGCCUUAUGUCAUUGCGCUGGUGUCUGCCCUGGCCGUGGGAGACUUGUUCGUGCCUGAGAACCAGCUUGAUCCUGCUCCGUCCAAGGAUGACGAGGGCAAGGACAAGGACAAAAGGGUCUAUAAGAAUUCCGAUCGAUUGGAGGACACCGCGCGGGAACAGCGCCACAAGGAUUUCGCGAGAGCGCAUCGUCUGUUUAGCAAACAUGAUGACACAUCAGAUGCCCUCAAGUACCUGUCAGCGAUUUGUGCUUACGGGUACGCCUCUGAUGGUGAUGCGUUCUGUGACCAGAUGUUCCUCCGGUCGAAGGCGUUCAAAGAGGCCACUCAACUUCGACGCCAGUUGACGGACAUUGUUCGCGCGAACAAUCCAGGACUGAUCGGGGCAUAUGAGCCGCGUCUACCGGAGCCGACAGACAAGCAGGUCAAAGCAUUAAAGCAGAUUGUAACUGCCGGUUUCAUCGACAACGUCGCCAUCCGAGCGGAUCUGGCGCCGGUCCCGCCGGAGAUGGAGCGUACACCGAAGAGGGCGAUCGACGUCCCGUACCUGACGCUCUUCCGCUCUCGCGACGGACGGACGACAGAGUUGCAGGAGAAGGCUGUCUACGUGCACCCGUCCUCUGUUCUUGCGCAUCUCUCACCAAAGGAGAUGCCCCCGUAUCUCGUCUAUUCCCACUUGCAACAGUCUGCCCCCUCGCUGCUGUCCGACCAGGUCCCCAGGAUCAGAAUGUAUCCCCUUGCGGCACCGAGCGGACUGCAGCUCUCGGCCAUCGCACAUGGCACGCCGCUCAUCGAAUACGGCAAGCCAAUCGGUAAGAUGGAGACGAUCGAAGGGAUCCCGCAGCGACGGUCCUGCUGGGUGGUUCCUUCGCUUGUAGGCGAAGCCGGAGGCACCGCUUGGCCACUACCGGCAAAGAAGGUGAUCCAACGAAAGGAUCCGAAGGAUGGUUGGGUGAUUGAGAAAUUUGUCGCCUGA